CUUGCGUGAAAUACACGCUCUUACGUCACGGUGGGAGUACUCAAUCAGGAGAAAUGAACGUACAUCAGCACAAUCCUCUCAGCGCUCCCAAUGUUUUAUUUCUUUAAUUCCGGGGGGAAGAGUGGAAAUACCGAAGUAAUCGCUGAAAUCGGACAACUGUUCUGGCGACAAGUUUUUUUGAGGAUUAUUGCUGAAAUUUUAUUCCAUUUGCAAAAUUGGAAGACUUGCUGUGGGAUUAAAUGCAGAAUUUUUUUCUAUUCCCUCUAUACAAAGAAGAAAGGAAGUCGACUCUAAUGGUUGGGAUUGAAGGUGACCCUGGACACUGAGUCAGGCCGGACUGAGCAGGCCUUAUGACGAGCAUGGCUAUGAGCCAAUCCGCUGAUGCAUGUACACUCACAAGCUCGAACUGAGUGCUGCUGCCGGGCUUUGACCCGCUCCUCAAAAGGUGUAGCUAGAACACCCCCACCCCUACUCCCCACCCCCACGGCCUCUCUAUGGGACUACAGCCUGAGGCGUACUGUGUUGCCCCCUGAUGGAUCUCAGUGGUAGUGAACAAAAUGAUGAGGAGCUGGACCCAGGAGGCCAAGAGGUGCCAGAGCCAGAGAGCAGCCUGUCCAAAAUCACCCACAAUGCCUUGGAGAAUAUAGGUGUGCUGGGGCAGGGCCUGAAGCAGCUCUUCAUUCACCAGCGAAGACGCGCCUCCGUGUCGCCGCACGACGCAGGCUCCUCCCCCUCUGCCUCCUCCGCAGGCAGUCCCGCCCCCGAGCCCCUGGAGGCGGCGCCGGAGGCAGGGGACGGCCCCCCGGCCCUCCCUGACACUGACGCCCCCGCUUCCGCCCACCCCACAGCUCUGAACCGCGUGCUGCUGCAGAUCCGAGGCGCCCCCAUGAUGAAGCGAGGGACCAGCCUGCAGAGCCGCCGCAGCAAGGCUGCCGGGGACCCCCCCAAGGGCAGCCCCCAGAUCCACCGCCGCAGCACCCAGGAGGCCCUCAUUCAGGUGGGCCGCCCCCGCUCCUCCUCCACCACGGACACCCCCACCAGCCCCGCCCUGGCCGAUGUGCUGCUGGCCUCCGGAUGCCCCUCCGCCGAGGAGCCCGAGAGGGACUUUUCCCAGGGCAGGCGAGUAUCCACUCAGAGCGACAGCAUCCUCUUUUCCUGGCUGUCUGCAGGACACAGGCGCUCUCUCCCAACCGGAGGAGGGGCCCCCUUCUGCCCCUCUGGGAUCGAGCGGCUGGAGGUGAGUGGCCUGGCGCAGCCGGCCAGCGCGCUAGCCUGCGGCGCUGAUGGCUCCUACGCGGUGGACGUGGUGGACAGCACGCCGGACCCGCAGCGCACCAAGCAGGCCAUCACACAUCUGCAGCAGAAGAUCCUGCGGCUCACCGAGCAGAUCAAGAUCGAGCAGACGGCGCGCGACGACAACGUGGCCGAGUACCUGAAGCUGGCCAACAACGCCGACAAGCAGCAGAGCGCCCGCAUCAAGCAGGUCUUCGAGAAGAAGAACCAGAAGUCUGCGCAGACCAUCCAGCAGCUGCAGAGGAAGCUGGACCACUACCACCGCAAGCUGAGGGAGGUGGAGCACAACGGCAUCCCGCGCCAGCCCAAGGACGUCUUCCGGGACAUGCACCAGGGCCUGAAGGGCGUGGGCGCAAAGGUGACGGGCUUCAGCGAGGGCGUGGUGGACAGCGUGAAGGGCGGCCUCUCCAGCUUCUCCCAGGCCACGCACUCGGCGGCCGGGGCGGUGGUGUCCAAGCCGCGGGAGAUCGCCUCGCUCAUACGGAACAAGUUCGGCAGCGCGGACAACAUCUCGGGCCUGAAGGACUCCCUGGACGAGUCGCAGGGCGAGGACGGCUCCCGGCCGCUGGGCGGAUGCGGCCAGCUGCAGUCCAGCCCCAGGUACGGCAGCGAGGACGACUGCUCCAGCGCCACCUCGGGCUCUGCCGGCGCCAACAGCACCACCGGGGCCCCCGGGGGCCCCCCCAGCUCCAAGACCAACGCGCUGGACAGCACGCAGAGCUCAGGUUUCGACGCGCUCUUCCACGAGAUUCAGGAGAUCCGUGACACUCAGAGCCGUCUGGAGGAGUCGUUUGAGAGCCUCAAGACGCACUACCAGAAGGACAACACCUUAAUCAUGGAGGCCCUGCAGGAAGAGCGCUACAGGUGUGAGCGGCUGGAGGAACAGCUGAAUGACCUGACUGAGCUCCAUCAGAACGAGAUCCUCAACCUGAAGCAGGAGCUGGCCAGCAUGGAGGAGAAGAUCGCCUACCAGUCAUACGAGCGAGCGCGGGACAUCCAGGAGGCGCUGGAGGCCUGCCAGACGCGCAUCUCUAAGAUGGAGCUGCAGCAGCAGCAGCAGCAGGUGGUGCAGCUGGAGGGGCUGGAGAACGCCACGGCGCGCACGCUGCUGGGCAAGCUGAUCAACGUGCUGCUGGCCGUCAUGGCCGUGCUGCUGGUCUUCGUCUCCACCGUGGCCAACUGCGUGGUGCCGCUCAUGAAGACACGCAACCGGACCUUUAGCACUUUCUUCCUGGUGGUCAUGUUGGCUUUCCUGUGGAAAAACUGGGACGCCAUCUCGGGGUACAUGGACCGCUUCCUGCAGCCGCCCAGAUAGCCUGCCGCGGGGCUCGCCGGGCGCACCGGGUGGCGGGAGAAUUCUGACGACAGGACAACUGGGCACAGACCACGCAGGGGGCGGUCCGAGAAGAGAACGGUGGCCCGCCUUCGUUUUUCAAGGAAAGGAGUGAAUCUGUUUACAUUUUGGAGAAAAAGUUCUUUCUUUUCUUGCAGGACGCAUUGUAAUACAUUUCUUCAUUUCUAGAAAUUCAUCAGAUUUAUUGUUUAUUAUUAUUAUUAUUAUUAUUAUUAUUUUAUUUUAUUUUGUUGGAUUACAUGUAGCAUUAAGUUUCACGCGCGCUGGUGUCUCUGCUGGAGGUGGGGUACGCGCCAGCGGGAGAGCACACCCGAGUCGGCCCCUCGCUGUGAAGAGCGAGCACAUUCCAGAGAGGCGCCGGGGCCGCUCCCCGCCGCGGGCCGAGCCGCGAGGGGGCGGGGG